UGAAAUUCAUCACGCAACGGCAUACCGGUACGAGCGAUGGAUGAAGCUACUCUCAUUUGUGAUCAGGCUUCAUCAGCGUCCGUCACGACUCACUUGCAGCCGCCAUACAAUCCGGGAACGGAAGCUACAGGCUAUCGGUACCAACAACAUGACAUCUUUUGCAUUGCCCUUGCGCAGCCUCAAAUGGGCGUCCACGGGCUCUCAACUUGCGAGAACGCAGCAAGCAGGAGCCAGAUGCUGCUCCACCUGUAGCACCUCUACAGCACCACGUCAUGCCCGGGCGACCACGUCGUCGAGAGCUGAAGGCGUUGGACUGCAUGCUGAAGCAUCUGCCAGCGGCCCCGCGAGCACGUCGAGUCAUUCCCGAGGCGCACAGAACAUGUUUCGUCAAUUUGGCUCGGCGCUGCGACCCAUCCCCCAGUCUAUCACCUCGUCACUGAUCUCAUCCACCCGAGCGAGCGCAGUAGCCGCUUUGGCUACUCUGCAGCCAAUGACUGGCACCACCGUUCCGAUCAGAGGCAUGAAGGUCAGGAGCUCGGUCAAGAAAAUGUGCGAUGGGUGCGCCGUGGUGAGAAGAAAAGGCAAGCUUUAUGUCAUUUGCAGCAAGGAUCCCAAACACAAACAACGUCAAGGCUGAGCUGCCUGACAAAAUUUCCACUCACAGACGCUGCCAUUUCUGCGCGAGUGAGGGCGCGUGUGCACAGGACGUCUCCCGCUCUCUCGACGCACAUUAUCCGAUGUCGCUUUUCCAGAACAUUGCGCUCACCUUUCCUGCAUCGCAAUGCUUACUCCUCACUGGUCACCCAUGUCUCGCCACAAUGUUCGCGCUGCUUGUGUUGGUGUCAGCGCCUGACAGCAAUGCCAAAACAUCCCUGAGAUACCUUGACAUCCGUCUGGACAGGUGUAAAGCAUUUGACAUGACCGUCAUACGAAUUGCGGCUUUUCAGAGAGUACACAUUUGCAUUCUUGCGGGCCAUCGCUGCUCGACAGCCCAAAUGAAUGCUCCUAACA